AUGUUCUCUUGUAUAAAAGCAGUCAUGUACGGAGAACACGUCGCUCAUCGGAAAGCACGAUACUUCCUUUUGCGUUGAAGGGUAUUUGAAACUAUCAGGUGCCCCCACGAUAACUAUCUCUUUCACCCAUCCCAAUAGGAUUUCGCCAAGCAAAGAUGGAUCAACUGUCUAACGAGCAAAUCACUGAAUUCAAAGAAGCUUUCUCCUUGUUCGACAAAGAUGGCGAUGGCACGAUUACCACCGCAGAGCUGGGGACCGUCAUGCGCUCUUUAGGACAGAACCCUACUGAAGGGGAGCUCCACGACAUGAUCAACGAGGUCGACGCGGACGGCGAUGGAACUAUCGACUUUUCAGAGUUCCUGGCCAUGAUGCAAAAACGCGCUCAUGAAUCCGAUAGCGAAGAUGAGAUUAGGCAGGCAUUCAAGGUGUUUGACAGAGACGGGAAUGGGACCAUCAGUGCCGCUGAGUUGAAGCAGGUCAUGACGAGUCUUGGCGAGCGCCUGUCGGACGCUGAACUACAGGCGAUGAUCAACGAAGCUGACCAGGAUGGAAAUGGUGAGAUCGACUAUCAAGAAUGGCUUGAAAUGAUUUUGACGUGGACCAAGUUGAAACACGCUUGUGCAUAUUAUUGUCUGGUUCUACAAGGACCAAGCGUCAAAUAG